UUCUAACUUUCACGCCAUUUUAUGUUUGCUGCGUUACCGGCACUCCAAGCGUCUCACUAGCUAUUUGAAAGUGAGACUGUAACAGAAAAAAAGUCGAAAGGCGAACUGGCCUGGCUCACGACGCCUGCCGGAGGUAUAAAUAAGAAGGCAACCCGCGCUGCCCACCACUCACUCUGAUGAUCGUGAGAGGUUGGUGCCCAGCCAGACUCGCACUCUACCCGCCAGUAUGACUAUCAGUCUCCGACUGUUACCUGUGUUAGCUGGGGCCCUCGCGCUCUUGCCUCUCGCCGUGCCUGGUGUUGGUGGUAUGAAUCCUCUAUCACUGAUUCGCAACCUAGACAAUAUCCGGAUCAACGAGAUUGGUUCUAGAGAAGUUACGUCUGCGAGUCCAGAAGGAAGCACUGUCAGCUCAAGACACCUUCGGUUCUACAGUCACGAAAGAAUCAAAGAACGGAUUUUGGCAAAAAUGCAACUUUCUGAAGAGCCACGAUUUCAUCAGCCCUUGGAAAAGUUACCAGAUAUUAUAAGAGAAGGAUUGUCACAGGUGAUUUUGCCGCAGCAACCUCCUUCCACCCAAGCUCCACCCACACUCGAGAAGGCAUCAAUCCUGCUUGCCUCGCAAAGAAAGCCCUGCCGCGGCCGAAGAGGCGUCCUCUGUCUUCGCUUCACGCUGGGGAACUCCACGAUGCAGGAUGUCACCACUACCACGCUUUGGCUCUGGAAAACAAAAGAUCAAAGACAGACUAAGAAUAUAUUUUUCGUAAAUGAGGGGAACCCGCGAGGCAAUAGAACACUUUUGGCCAAGGCGUCUGUGACUGAGACAUUAGAUGGAUGGGUGAAGCUCGACAUUAGUGCUGCUAUGCAAAGAUGGAUGCUGAAGGAAACUCAAGAGGUGAACCUAAAUGUGUGGUGCAGCACCUGCAGCCGCCAUGCCCUUACGUCGAAGAUCGCUGAUCACACUCCUUUUAUUGUCAUUGCUGCAACGGAGACAAAUACUCAUCAGCGACGGUCUGUAGAGCGGGAGUGUUCGGGACAAGACGGGGAUCGCUGCUGCCGAGAGGCGAUAAACAUAACCAGCACCGAGAUGGGUUGGGAUGAUUGGCUUAUUAGUCCAAGGAAUUUCGCCUUUUAUUACUGCAACGGUUCCUGCCCCGCCUACCCCCUAAUUGACGAAACAUUCAACGGCACGGAGUACAGCAAAAUUAAAAAGCACCUCAUGCAGGAAGGCAAACUUGGCCCAAGAGACAAGCUGAAGCCCUGCUGUUCCCCGACUUCCUACAAGUCAAUGGACCUCCUCUUUUACUCAGGGACGAGGGAAAUUCGCCACAGAAGAGUAACCGACCUGCUAGUAAGCUCCUGUGGCUGCCGCGACUGAUCACUGUUUGCAAAUAUUUUCAUGCAAUAACACGUGAUCGAUUCCUUAAUCAGUAUUAGAAUGUUCGAGUGACGAAGUAAAAAAAAUAAAUAAAUGUAUGAAAGAGUACACAUUUCCUCACAUAUGGUAAAUCAUCAAAAUUAUGGUUUCAAUCAACAAGUACUUCAGAUUAUACCUCUAGAAACAGACAUUUAAAUGUAAGUCACUUUAAUGAAUGAAUGAAGCCAUGGAUUGUAUUCAGUGAGCUCAGUGAUUGUACCAUACGCUCCGGUGCUCAAAUCUCACCUUAUCAUCGUGAUGACCGUCUGCAAGUUUCCACUUCUAUUAGAUUAAGUUAUUACUCUAUUAUUUAUUUUUCGCUAAUUUUACGUAUUCUAAGUGUUGAUGAAAUCACUGCCAUUGUCACUGCAGUCUGUCAGCCAUUGUCCAGUGUACUUGACGCAUCUCAGGCACUAACUUUGUUAUGGAUGGAAAAUGGAAUAAUUAGGUCAAGCAUCACUGUUGACAUUGAAUGCUUAAUUACCGCGCGCAACAUCCGCCCAUCAACAUCACUCUCCACACCUCUAUUGGCUAAACUGGCUACCUGCCUCCUAAAAUUAUCUUUGAUAAGGCUUUUUUUUUUUCUUCUUUCCAGUAUAUUAAUUACAAAUCGUUUCCGCUGAGGACUGCAGCUGACAAGUUUAUGAUCAUACGUAGCAUCACGCACACACACACACACACACACACACACACACACACACACACACACACACACACACACACACAGCUUGGAAGCAGAUAACAGCAACAGCUAUGCAGGCAGACACACACCGUUCAUUUUUUGUAUAUACUAUUUUUUUUUUAAUAUAUAUGUGUAAAAUGUGAGUUUUGUACAGUAUCUAUUAAAAUAAAACUUUAUAUUGAUAUGCAUAA